GAUCCUUAAAUUAUGUUCUCUCCCAAGAAGUUCGACGACCGUUGGGUAUCCCACAACAAGGAAACCGACGAGAGGUCGCGACAGUCCAGACCGGGGAGCUCAAGAGGCAGUCGCAAUACGAUGACAGAGAGGGCUGAUGGGAGAAAUAAGAGCGAGCCAGGAACGGUCUACGAUGCCACGGUAAAUCUGAACAUCAGUGACUGCCUCGAGAUGCUGGAGAGCAGCCCCCAACCCGAGGAGGCGUUCCACCCGAACUCCCGGGAAUGCUAUUGCGCGAGGGCGUGGCUGAAUGCUCUGACAUCCAUGCAGUGCAACACGGUAAUGGAGGCGUGCCUGCGCAACGGAUACAUUAGCGCGUUGAGUGUGUGCCUCAACCAGAAGAGCCUCUACGGGAUCUUCGAGCAGAUGCCCCCCGAGGAGCUCAACUGGAUGGACAUUCUGGACACCACGACUAAUGCGUCGUCGAUUCAUGUAUCAUUCAGGUCAAAUGAGGCGUUGAGGCAGCAGUUUGUUCCCUUCGAGUCAAUGAACUUGUCCAGUCUUCCGUCCUUAAGCGAGCAGGAAGAGAUGGUGCGACAGCAGCGUUUCAUAGAAGAACCUCAGGUGUUCCGGGCAGAAGAGCUGCAGAGAUUCCAGCAAGAGCGGCAGCGAUAUCAGGAACAGCCCCCCCAAACGGAAACCUUUUACGAUCCUGACACCUUUCCACCGCCGCCCCAUUUGCGUCAACAGUCGGGCGCCUACUACAAGCCGUCGAGCGUUAAAUUCUACUCCUUCGGGGCGGCCCCUCGCUUCCAGGCGGCAAACCAAGAAGGAGCAGACUCCUGCCCAUCAGGUGCCGAAGGAGGAGGUUUGGCAACUGCCGUCGUUGGUCCCACACGUUCGAUUCUUAGGCGGAAGUGCUUCAGCGCGCAGGUCCCUCGUGUUUAUCCAUCAUAUCUCAAGACGCCACUGUCCUUCAAUGCCAGACGUUCGGUUGAUGAUGAGAUUUGGUACACAGGUCCAAUACAAUCCUAUAGAAUGAAGUUCCCAAGCCAGGAGUACGUGUUCAAGGGAUCCAAACAGUUCAAGCGAUCGAAACAGGUGCAGCAAAAGGCUCCUGGCACCCAGACGAAUCACUGGAAGCCUGAGGCCAUCGAGGAGGACUCUGACAGGGAGAAAACCGGUCAAACUGUGAUCUCAAGGAGCCAAUGCGACAUGUCCCUCCUUAGGGACUGCAUCCGUCGCGAGCUGCGCGGGGAAUCACCCGUGGGAGCAAACGACUUUCUGGAGGCCGAAAUAGUGCGCUACAAGAGCAUUAACAGCCGAUACAGGCGCGACGAUCCCGAAUACAAGGAGAAAAUGCUCGCAGGGGAUCCCAAGACGCAGAGGACAUACCUGUUGCUCAACAUGGAGAAGGAUUUGACCAGUUAUUAUGCUGUUCAGAGGCAAAGAAAGGUCACAAUUUAAGAGGAUUUAGAAGGAUUAAGGACUAAUUUCAAAGAUUUCAGAAUAAGACUAAAAUUUAUCAGGAAUAUGCUCAUCGAAA